GUUUGCGGUAACGAAUUUGAUUGGCUGAACGUUAGCAACCAUUACUGAGUGCAUAGCAACGGUACGGACGAGUAGGAAGGUAGGAAGCUGUUGUUUUGGGUUUUAUCGGUUUUAUCGCAAUAAAAGUUAUAAAAUAAACAUUUUACUCGCACGUUUAGUCGUUUUGAUUACACAACAUAACGCAGGCGAACUUCAAAUGAGCAACAAAUGGAAAAAACGGUAAAACGAGUUUUUGUGAACGACGUUGACAGGUACUCUUCGAAGCGCAUCGCCGAGUUUUUGUCAGCGUGUGAAGCUGAAGUUGCGUCUGAGGAUGAAGCAGCGAAGGACACGUUCUUCUCCCCUCGACACAGACCCGUUUUUCAGGUCGUGGGAACAGUUUCCUCCAAAGAUGAAAACAUCCUCUUUCUUCACGAGCAGUACAAUUCCCCAACCAGAGAUGAGCUUUUUAGGUGUCUGCUGGAAUGUGAUGUGGUGGUGUAUAACAUCUCAGAAGGUUUAACCCAACAAUUGGCUGAUGAGGCGGCAUGGGCACUUAAAGCCCUUCAUGAUGAAAGGAGGAAGUUCAACUCCCGAAAAAUCUUCAUCUUGGUCUCCUCGGUGGUGCCACGGGCCAUAACAAAAUUAAACAAACCGGAUGAGGAGCCAGAAGAUGUUAUAUCUGAGCAAGAGUUCACGCAAAGAGAGCCUCAUCCGAAGUUCGGAAACCACAAGAAACUGGAAAAGCUUGUGCUCACCUUGACAAACAAGGGAAAGACCAAACUCAGAGGUUGCAUUAUAGCUGCUGGACUUCAGUAUGGAAUGGGAGAAAAUUUAUUUCACUACUUUUUUAAGAUUUCCUGGUUGAUGCAGGUCCCACAGGUUCCCGUUUUUGGAGCCGGCACAAAUUACAUCCCCAUGAUUCACGUUUAUGAUCUUGGACAAGUAAUUCAAAAAAUUAUCGAGCUGAGACGAGGGCCGACGUUCAUUUGUGCUGUUGACGAUUCCAAGAGCACUUUAGAGGAGAUUAUAAAGGCCAUUAGUGAUGUUCUGGGACCAGGAGAUCUUCACACGUCGACCCUGGAGGAUGCCAUCAGAAAGGGGGGUUUUACGCCAGAGGAAGUGGAUCAGCUAAGUAUCGACCUCCGCUUGCAGACUUCAGUGAUGAAUGACAUUUUGGAUCUGAACUGGAGGUGUAAAACUGGGAUGGUUGACAACAUAGAGGACAUUAUACAGGAGUACAAAGACACCAGACAACUUCUUCCAGUUAAAAUCUGCCUGCUUGGACCUGCUGCUGUGGGUAAAACUACUGUCGCUGCAAAACUCUGCAAGAAGUACAAAAUACACCACAUCAGCGUUAAAGAGGUCAUCCAAGAGAAAACGAGAGACAUGAGUGGAGCUGGCUCUGACUCUGGGGGUUAUGAGGAAGCAGCGGCUGCAAAAGACAAAGACUUAGAAGAGAUCCAAGGCCAGCUGACUGAACACCAGAUUUCUGUCAUUCUGAAAGAAAAACUCAACUCCAAACCAUGCAGAAACCAUGGAUUCGUCCUUGAUGGAUUGCUCGAGACUUAUGAGCAGGCAAAGAUGAUUUUCUCUGACGAGGAACCAGAGAGAGAGGAUUCAGGUUUGACCUUUGAAUUCUCUUCGUACAACAAGCUCACUACUCCAGAGUACGUCUUCGUCCUUGAUGCAUCCGAUGAUUUCCUGAAAAGGCGAGUGGAAGGACUUCCAGAGAUCAGACGGGGGGAAAGGCGCUACAACUGGGAUGAGUUUGAGUCUCGUCUGGUGAGAUACAGAGAACUCAGUAAAGCCGAGGAAACACUGCAGGACUUUUUUGAUCAUCGCAAGAUUCACCUAGAGCACAUAGAGGUCAGCACAGAUGAUUUAGAGUACACAGGUGUUAUGAGAAAGAUCACUGAGAUCGUUGGGGCUCCCAAAAACUAUGGCCUGAGUCCAGUGGAGCAGGAGGAGGAGAACCGGAGGAGAGAAGAUGAGAGGAGGCAGAAGCAGGCGGCAGAGGCAACUGAGAGGAAACAGAGGAAGGAGGCCUUGCUGGCUGAGAUGGCUGCUCAGUACAAGGAUUGGCAGGAGAAUCUGUUCAAGUUGACGCGGCAGGAGUGUGAGCUGCUGGAAGCUCAAGCUAAUCCUCUGAGGAACUACCUGAUGAAGUUUUUGAUGCCUUCGGUGGUCGAGGUCACGACGGACUGCCUGAAAAUCAAACCAGAUGACCCUGUUGACUUUCUGGCUGAACAUCUGUUACGGAAGAACAAUCAAGAAUAAACCAUAAAGGUGUUGUGAUGCAGCAAUGUUACAUAAAAUGUUAGACGAUUUUAGUCCAUUUACAUUUAUUUCAUUUGGAUUUUCUGUCAAAAGACAUUUUUCCUGUUUUUCUUUUACAAAAUAAACUAUUUCAGUUCAGAAAAUUUGGGACUCUGAAAAAUAAAAACCAAAUGGAACAAAAUAAAAAGCACUGAAAAACUG